GGGCGUGGCCUUCCCGGAACCCGAGGGAGUCCCUGUCCCCAAGAGGAAGAGGCGGGGUGGCCUGCGGCUCCUGGGGCCAUCCACUGAGGGGGCUGAGGGAAGGGUGGUCCUUCUUGAGGGGAGGCGCGGAGGUUUUCCGACGGCCCCGUGUGCGGCCGAAGAUGUUAGGGACGGCGGCCGCCUGGGCGAUGCUCGCCUUGCUGGGCCCCACGGCCCUGACGCUGGUGGCCGGGGCGUCGUGGGGGUCACCCGCAGCCUCAGGUGGAAAAAGUCUAAAACCUCCUGAGAAUGUAGAGGUGUCCAUCAUAGAUGAUGACUUUACCCUGAAGUGGAACAGAAGGCAUGAAUCUGUCAGGAAUGUGACUUUUUCAGCAGAUUAUAUAACAUCUGAGAUGGAUAAUUGGAUAAAAUUGCCUGGGUGUCAACAUAUCACAGGUUCAAAAUGCAGCUUCUCUUUGCUUGACAUAAAUUUUUAUGAAAACAUUACUUUGCGUAUAAGAGCAGAAGAAGAAAACAGCACUUCUUCGUGGUAUUACGUUGACUCAUUUAUACCAUUUGAGAAAGCUCGCCUUGGUCCUCCGGAAGUACAUUUAGAAGCUGAAGAUAAAGCAAUAAUAAUAUACUUCUUCCGUCCUGGAAAAAAAGAUGACAGUUCUAUAUGGGGUAUGGAUACUACAGGCUUUUCAUUCAGCUUAGUUUUCUGGGAAAACUCUUCACAAGUGGAAAAACAGAUCAAAACCAAUCAUUACACGUAUAAAAUUUAUAACCUCUCACCAGAGACAACAUAUUGUUUAAAAGCUAAAGCAAGACUACUUUUGCAGAAUAGAUCUGGUGUCUGUGGCCCGGUAUAUUGUAUAAAUACCACAGUUGAACAUAAGCCACCUGCACCAGAAAAUGUAGAAGUUGUUACUCAGAAUCAGAGCUAUGUUCUGAAGUGGGAUUAUGAAGAUAGAAAUGUGACCUUUCGAGCUCAGUGGCUCUAUGCUUUUUCAAAACUGAUUCCUGGGGACAACUCAGAUAAAUGGAAACAAAUACCUAACUGUGAAAAUGUCAGAACUACAUAUUGUGUAUUUCCUCAAAAUACUUUCCUAAAAGGAAGUUGCGUUCUCCGUGUACAAGCAUCGGAUGGAAACAACACAUCUUUUUGGUCUAAGGAGAAAAACAUUAAUACUGAAAUGUACUAUGCCAUAUUUCCUCCAGACAUUUCUGUGAAAUCCACUAGUGAUUCAAUGCGGGUCUUUGUCACAGCUCUGAAAGAUCCCUGGAACAAAUUUUACCCCUUCAUUUAUGAAGUUAUUUUUUGGGAAAACACUUCAAAUACUGAGAGAAAAAUUGUAGCAAAGGAAAUUGACCUUACUAUCCCUGACUUGCAACCACUGAGGCUAUAUUGUGUCAAAGCCAGGUGGCACCUUCUGCAGGACAAGUGGAAUAAAACCAGUGCUUUCAGUGCUGUGGUGUGUGAGAAAACAAAGCCAGGAGCUUCUUCUACUACAUGGGUAGUAAUUGGAAUUUUCGCCCUACUAGUCAUAGUCAUUUGUGUUGUGAAAAUCCUUCAGAGAUGUCUCAAGUAUGUGUUUUUCCCGGCACUUAAACCUCCUUGCAGUAUUGAUGAGAAUUUCUCUGAACAUUCAUUUGGGAAUCUUCUACUUUCCACUUCUGAGGAACAAACGGAAAAAUGUUUCAUAAUUGAAAACACACAAAGUGUUAUCAUAGUAGAGGAGACUGAUGAAAUUGAUGAAGACUGUAAGAAGUACGAUUCCCAGACCAGUCAAGAUUCAGGAAACUACUCUAAUGAAGAUGAGACUCUGGAAAGUCAAAUAAGCGAAGUGCUUCUACAGCAGGAAGUCCUAUCUCCAGGACCAAUCUCCUGAGGCCUCAGUUGCCCCAGGGAGUUUGGCCUAGGGUUGAGCUCUGAGGGACUGUACAGAGUUCAAGGUCCUGACCGCACAGGCAAGCCCCUGUCUAGAAAUGCAGUCAGAGGGUCUGGAGCAAAGUAUUCUACCUUUUCAUCUGGGCUCUCUGAUAGGUUGGCGCCAAGCAUGCCCACCAUCUUCCCAGGGCUGGCUUCCACACUAUUGUGCCACAUUCCAUGGUGACUGAGUGUAUGGCUCCCUCAGGUAACUGCCACACUGCUGCUAGUUUCCUUUGUUCUGCACCCCGGAGACUGUGUAUAAUUUUGCAGGAGGUAUUUAGGACAUUUGAGGUGGCCCUGUGGGAUAUUUAUUUAGAAAAAUCUGAAUGCCAUUAUCAACUUGGUUUUCUGCAAAGUAGCCACAGAUGCCAGGAAAAUGAUGAUUAAAAAUAUUGUGAGAA